UAGAUGCUGUGACAAUGGAGUUGAUCUGCGCUGAAGUACCCCUCUUUAUGGACAGGUGACUAUACAUGCAAAAUUUGACAAGGAGAUUUACCUCCCAGAGGAUGCUGAGUUUUAUUUUGUUUACGAUGGAUCCCUGAAGAGGCACAUAAUGUUUGCUGAACGAGUUAGUGACAAUGCUCUUCAGUCCAUUGUUCCAGGGCAUGGAUGCCAAGAAGCAGUUUCGGUCUCUGUGUUAAUGUACACAAAGGGAUACUCACCUGUGGUUCUUGGCAGCUGUCCUGUCACUUACAGAGAGAAUCUGUCUUGCAAGUUGUCUCGCUUUCUGGUCAAUCACACAGAAUGUGUCACUGCUGCUACUCACAAGAUGUUGCUGGAUAAGUUUGGUCUAAGGAUAAAAGAUCUGCAGUCCCUGGAUAAUGAUUUGAUGAUGGCCAUUGCUCUUGAAGAAUUGCCAUUGACCUGGAAUAUCCUUGGAAGCUGCUCAAAAGGUGAGUUUAAACAUAAAGAAACUCUACUCCACCUUGUGAUGAAAUUGGGAUUGGUUAAGCUUUCCCAGUUCUUAGAAGCCCAGCCUGGAGGGUCAUCAGCAUUAGCAUUACCUAAUGAGGAUGGAGCAACACCAUUAGAUUUGGCUUUACAAAACAGGCACUCCAAACUUGUUGAUGUCUUUGCAAGUUUCCAGGGCAGUCACCCACUGGACAUAUCAAGAGUAGAGAUCAGCGAGGGUGCUUGUGUGCAGUUUGUUCAUUCAUCAGGAGUUCUGAUGCUGACAUUCAGCCACACUGCACAGCACCUGCUGGAGUCAGACGUAAAGCUCUUCAGAAAAUACUUCUGGGACACACCUCUUCUUUACCAGAGUAUUAAUUCAAACCAAGUUGAGACAAUGGAAGGUCCAAAAAUAACCUGCAAUACAACAAGCUCUGUAAAAGGUCCUCUGAAGUUGGCAUCUGAUGAAUUGUCCCAAGAUAAUGCAAAGGUACAUAUUUCUCCUUAUACAAAUGGCUAA